UGACUCCCCGUGAUUUCCUCCUGUCUCUCCGGGCCCUGCCGCCGCCGUCUCCGGUUAAAGAUGGAGCUCCGGACCUCUCUGCCCGCCCUGCUGCUCCUCUGCGCCGCCGGUCUGCAGCCGCUGUCCGGCGCCGCUUCACGGACCGGCCCGAAAGUCACCGAGAAGGUGUUUUUCGACAUCACGGUGGCGGGUCACGAGGUGGGGCGGAUCGUCAUCGGCCUGUUUGGGGAGGUCGUCCCACUCACUGUCAACAACUUCGUUGCCCUGGCAACCGGAGAGAAAGGUUACGGCUACAAAGGGACGAAGUUCCACCGAGUCAUCAAGGACUUCAUGAUCCAGGGAGGAGACUUCACCGCCGGAGACGGGACCGGAGGUCACAGCAUCUAUGGGACGACUUUUGCAGAUGAAAACUUCAAACUGAAGCAUUUAGGAGCCGGCUGGGUGAGCAUGGCGAACGCUGGUCCGGACACUAACGGCUCUCAGUUCUUCGUCCUCGCUGCUAAAGCUCCGUGGCUCGACGGGAAACACGUAGUGUUUGGGAAAGUCCUGGACGGGAUGUCUGUGGUGCACACCAUCGAGCUGCAGGACACCAACGACAGGAACCUGCCGUACACCGAGUGCGUGGUUGUCAACAGCGGCCGCAUCGCCGUCAAAGAGCCGUUCGUGGUGGAGGUGGAGGGCUGGUAGACACAACGUCAUUAUUAUUAAUAAUGAUGAGCAAUCAUAAGUUCAGUUUGCCAAAUUUUGACAUUUUUUACUUUUGCAUGUUAACAUGCUGACACUAACAGGGCUGAGUAUUACUGGAAACUAAUAACACAGUUUCCUUAUUGAUACCAAAACAAUUUUUCAAUGUUUUACAAACCACAAACUUGUCAAAUCCAUCAGUGUUUAACUUUGUCUUUAAACGAACACAGCUGCAUAAAAAAAAUAUUAAGUAUGAUUUAAAUCAAGAAAAACAUUUGAUCAAAGACUGAACAAGAUGAAGAAUCUUACCGAGCUUUCAGUAUCUGAAAGGUUUAGUGAACUAAGAACAGUUUGGAAAGAUCCCUUUUUGUUCUCUUUGGCGACACCUGUGGUGAUAAGCGGUAACUGCAGGUGUGUUUGUUUUUAUUUUACUUUCACUUCAACGUCUGGAGUUCUUUGUUUGUUCGGUCGUACGUACCAAUUAUUGGCAACACCAGCAAACACUGUGAUUUUUCCAGUUCAUAAUCCUGCAAAUUAGGAGCUUCCAUCAGGAAUCAAUAGGGCGCCAUAGGAACGAGUUCUUAAGCCUGGAAGUAAGUUAGCAGGUUAGCUCCCUGGGGUCUAGGUCUGAGGUUAGCAGCUGAAACUGUGGUUGUGGUUAACACAAGCUGAAGAGAUCUUCGUUUUGUUAUACGGCAUAAACAAUAAUUUCUCCAACGUGAGUGUAUUUGUAUAUAUAGAGUCAUGGAAAAAAUUAUUAGACCACCAUUGUUUUCUUCAAUGUUUUGUUCAUUUUAAUGCCUGUUACAACUAAAGGGACAUUGGUUUGAACAAAUAUAAUAAAAACAAAAAUAGCUGAUAAGAGUUUAAUUUAAGAUCUGAUAUCCAGACAUUUUCCAUGGUUUUAUUGAUAAUGAAUUUGGUUUUCAUCAUUCCAUGACUGUAUUUACGGGAUGGUGGCGGUUAGCGUCAUCUCUAAAAUCCACAGUUUAUCGUAGAAAGAAACUGUAAAAACAGGUCACAUCAGUUAUAGUCAGAUUUUAAACUUUCCAACUGUCCUUGAACAUUCAUCUGUUUAGAAAGUUUCCGUUAGACAAAGACGAAGCUUACAAUGUUGAUAUUUCGUCAAAAACUAACUUUCUUCUUGUUCUUGUCACCUUGUCAAAUGAACAAAUUUCCCUGUUCUUGUGGAGUAUGUGUUAGCCUUUAGAAACAUUUAUUUUCUGCAAAAAUCCCAAAUCCUAGAGGAGAACCCUAACAGACCCUAUGAUGCCAACUUCCAGGUUGAAACUACAUCAUUUCGUUUGCUCUCUAUAGUGACUUAAACUAUGACAAAACCGUUUUUAAAAAAAAAAAUCAAUUUGCGUUCAUUUAUCUGUGAGUUAUUUGUGCAUUUAAUGCAAACACCAAAACCUGCAGAUAAGAAGUUUUCAGCCGACGAGCAGUCAGUAUUCUCCAGGUUCACUGUGGUUCAACGGUUUUAUACGUUAGUGUACAUAUAUAUACUUAUAUAUAUAAUAUAUAUAUAUAUAUAUAUUUACGGGAUGGUGCUGGUUAGCGUCAUCUCUAAAACUCUGUAUCAUAUCAAACUAAACAACUGUGACUCAAAGAUGUAGCUCCUCUUUCAUCUCUCUUUGCCAAAAUAAUUCUUUAUUUGACAAAUUUUGCACUUUCUAUGCAUCUAAUCAUCUUUAAUAACUUCAUAUCACAAACAUAUGCAAAAACUAACUCUGUAGCAAGUGUCAAAUGCCAUUCUUGCACUUUAUUAUUUAUUCUUCAUCAUUGAAAUGUAACUUUUGGAAAUAAAUCUUCCUGAUGCAUUGAACCAUAUCAUGUUUGCAGAGACGACAGCACAAACUGCACAGGAAGGAAAAUGAAUACUGUAGCUGAUCAUUUUAAAUACUUUGUGUUUCUGACUGUUAAUGUUUUUAUCUUCUGUGCUUCAGUUUAACCCGACACUGCCAUGGUAGCAUUAUAAUAAUAAUUUUCCUCACUUUUAUGAAGUUUUAUGCAGCUUUUAAAACAUAUCAGAAGUUUCUGUUUUCAUUAUUUAUAGUAACAGCAGAAGAAGAGUGCCAACAGAUCUGUUUUUCUACAAUAAACAAUAUGCUGUUGCAAAACA